AUGACUGGACGCGGCGGCGGUGGUGCCCGCAAAACUCUGCUUGCGCCCAUCCAUUUCAUAUUCAGUCUGUUGCAAAAGCGCUCCACGGUCUCCAUUUGGCUCUACGAGAAUUUGCACACGCGCAUCGAGGGAAAGAUCAGGGGUUUUGACGAAUUCAUGAACCUAGUAAUUGAUGAUGCAGUUGAGGUACAACUAGCUACGAGAGAUACCCCAGAAAAGAGGAGGCAGCUGGGUAUGACUUGA